AUGACUCGCGACGUUUUAGACGUGGCCAUUGUCGGAGCCGGAUUUUCAGGCAUCUUGGCUCUCCAUAGACUACGGCAGUUAGGGCUUCGAGUUCGAGGCUUCGAGCGGAAAGCGUCGCUGGGGGGGGUGUGGCGAGAAAAUGCCUAUCCCGGGGCCGCGGUCGAUAGUCCAUUUCCAUUCUACCAGUUCUACGAUGCUGGGUUACUCCAGGACUGGCAGUGGCGCGAAGAAUACCCCAGUCGAGCCGAGAUGUUACGAUACUUCGAGCAAGUCGACAGAGAAUGGAGCAUCUCGGAAGGCUUCGAAUUCGGGGCCCAUAUCACGGGAGCCCGUUUCUCGGCGGAAUCCCAGCAGUGGGCAAUCAGUCUCGCUGAUGGGCGUGAGAUCUAUGCGCAGUGGUUCAUCCCCGCGGUGGGCUUCAACUCAGUGGUCAAUAUGCCCCAAAUCCCCGGCCUGGAUCGGUUCCAGGGCCAGGUCUAUCACACAGCCCAGUGGCCGCACGAUGCCGUCUCGAUGGAGAACAAAAACGUGGCCAUCAUUGGUACCGGACCCAGUGGCGUGCAAAUUAUCCAGAGCGUGGGCGAGGUGGCCAAAAGCCUAACGAUCUACCAGCAGACCCCCUUUUUGACACUCCCCAAAUACGGCAACCGGCCACCAAAGCUGGCGGGGUCUGACCUGCUAGAAAUGGGCGUGGAAGCCUUUGAUGCCGCGUUUCAGCGCGGCCUGCAGUCGUUCAGCGGAUUCGACUAUACGAUGCGCGAUCAGGACACCUUAUCUGCCUCGACCACAGAGAGGUUGGAGUUCUAUCAGAAGCGAAUCCGCGAAGGCGGCUGGGCAUUCUGGAUGGGAGGCUUCCGUGACCUCAACUACGAUGCCCGCGCCAACCGGGACACCUAUGACUUCUGGGCAGAGAACGUCCGACCCCGUCUGCAGGAUGCGAUGAAACGUGAUCUGCUAGUGCCACACCAGCCCGGCUCACCCUUUGGGGUCAAACGGCCCUGUCUGGAGGACAGGCUGUAUGAGAUGAUCGAUAGACACCACGUGGACAUGAUCGAUGUCAGCCAGCGACCCAUCCAGGCCAUUACCAUUGGCGGUAUCCAGGCCCACGAUGAGAUCCGGUCGUUUGACGUGAUCAUCAUGGCGACGGGAUUCGGGGACGAUGCGAGUGGCUUGAAGCAGCUGUCGAUUCACGGUCGCGAUGGUGUCUCGCUAGCGGAGAUGUGGUCCGACGAUAUCCACUCCUUCCUCGGCAUGGCUGUGCAUAAUUUCCCCAACAUGCUAUAUCUUUACGGACCGCAGUGUCCUUCCCUGCUAGUCAGCUCUCCCGCCGUCAUUCAUGUCCAAGUCGAAUGGAUCUGUCAGGCGCUCAUGUGUUUCCGAAAAGCUGGGGUGGUCCAGGUCGAGUCAACGGCUGAGUCACAAAAGUUAUGGCGCGAGAAGAUCGACCGGCUUUGGUCAAAAUCUUUGUAUUGCCGGCCGGGCGCGAAGAACAAGGGAGCAACAUGGAUUGGAGGGUUGGUUGAAUACCAGAAGGAGUUGUGCAAGUGCCUAGAUGAAGGGUUCCCAGGGUUUGAUCUGACAUUUGCACAGAAUUAA